AGAAGCCAAGUCUCGAUUAAAAAAAAGAAAAACUCAAAAAUUAGAGACUACAAAAAUUGAUUUUAGCUCUAACAACCUAUAUAGAAAUGAUAUGAAAGAAGAAAAAACACAAAAACCAGAGAAUACAGAAAAUAACUUCAGUCCAGAUAACCUAUACAAGAAUGAUAUAAAAGAAGUAAUCCAAAACAAGGAAGAAGUCACAGUUCAAAUCUUAACUGCAACAUUAGAAGAAA